CGCAAGAAUUCAUUCCUUACUUCAACAACGAAUUUCAGCGAAUUUAGACCACAUAUACCAAGGAAGCACCAAUUCUAUUUUCUCGCUUGUUGUACUAGACCAGACAUUUCCUAUUCUUAUCAGCCAUACUAGGUACCUUGAGAAUCCCCAACAAAUUCUCGUCUCUAGCAACAAUUACAGGACAGACGACGAACUCGGGGCUUACGAGCAAUGGCUCCGACUCCAGUCACUAUCAUAACCGGCUUCUUGGGAGCAGGGAAGACGACGUUAAUCUUGAAUUUAAUUCCACAGUUGCCCAAAAACUACAAGCUCGCCCUCCUCAAGAACGAAUUUGGAGAUGUUGCUGUCGACUCACAACUUGCAGGCUCGGCUUCCAUAUCUGGUGUGAAAGAACUUCUCAACGGUUGCAUCUGUUGCAACCUCGUUGGUCAACUCAGCGACGCACUGUUUCAACUUCGAGACACGGUGAACCCGAGCAGGAUCAUCAUCGAAACUUCUGGCUCGGCGUUUCCCGCGACUCUGGCAAUGGAGGUCAACAGGGUGGCACGAGAGAACCCCGGAACGUUCUCCUUGGAUGGGGUCAUCAGUGUGAUUGAUGUCGAGAAUUGGAAGGGCUACGAUGACACCAGCUACACGGCCAAAAUGCAAGCCAAAUUCACCGACUUGAUAGUAUUCAACAAGUGGGAGCAUGUGGAUGAACGGAGGUUUGACGAAGCCCUGGACCGUGUGGGCGAUCUCGACGUCCAAGUUGCGUGGGUGAAAAGUGACAAGGGAUGGGUCGACUUCGAACUGAUCAUGGGUAUCGACGGCGCCAUGGUUCGUGCACAGGGACUACGAGGGGCCAUCGAGUUCAAUGAGGAGUCCGAACAUGACCAUACCGACGGUCAUGGACAUUCGCACGGCCAUCAUCAAGAAGAGGUCGAGGUGCUCAGCGUUGUGCUGCGUAAUCAGGACACCUCCAAGCCGCCUCAAGGAGUGGUGCUGGAGUCUUUUGAGGAUCUACUAUUGUCGGCACCAAAGGACGAAGUCUAUCGGAUCAAAGGCCUUGUCUUGUCGUCCAAACCCCCUCCCGAUUCGACCGGCGAGAGUAAACCAGGGAUCUCGGUUGACUCGGAAGGCCAAAGCCUUUAUGUGUUGAAUUGGGCCUUUGGACGCUGGACGUACACACCUUUGCCCGGGACGGCUUUCAAGGCGAUGGAAUCAGCAAGCGCAAGACUAACAUUCAUACUAGCCAGAGGGGAGUCUACUAGAUGGAUCCGAAGACUAGAAAAGGGAGACUUUAUUGCUCUUGAGGGAGAGGAUGGAAAGGAGGAGAAUGGGGUGUUGAAGAUUGAGAAAAUUACCUGAUGGACUUGUCUGAAUAUUACCAUGGCUACGGUACGAGAUCAUGACCAUUACUAGAAGCAUAGUCUAGAGUACACGAGAUUGAAUGACUGCAAAGCCAUCGUGCGUGACUACAGGAGGUUAGAGGUUCCUGCAAUGACUGAAUCUUGUUAGACCUGCGGUUGAACUCACAGAAUAGACCAUGCAAGUGAUGUAUUGUUUUCCAUAGCAGUCAUAAGUGAGAC